UCUCGUUCACAACUUUUCCACUUCCGUUUCUUCACCCCCUUUAAUUUCACACCUUCUUUCCCCUCUCUUCCUCCUCUUCAAAACAAGCAAGCAGCUUCAAAACACAGAAGGAAAAAAUUACAAAUAUUUACAACCUAAUUUUAAUUUUAAUUUUAAUUUAAAAAAAUUGAAAACUAAGAAUGGAGCAAACUGUGGUAUCAUCCUUCUCAACGAUCCCAACCUACAUGCACGCCCUUAGUCAAACCCCAAAACGCCUCGCUCUCCGGGCCAUCUCCGUCUCUACCCCUUUUCAAGAGCUCAGUCAAGUCCGAGACCGUUCCGGACCCAACAUGCGACGAUCCCUCCGUUGGUACGACCUCGUUGGACUCGGCAUCGGCGGAAUGGUGGGCGCUGGAAUUUUUGUCACCGCCGGAAAAGCCUCUCACUCUUACGCAGGCCCUGCCGUUAUCCUUUCCUACGCCAUUGCCGGCUUCUGCGCUCUCCUCUCCGCCUUUUGCUACACUGAGUUCGCCGUUGAUAUCCCCCUCGCCGGCGGCGCCUUCACUUAUCUCCGUGUUACCUUUGGGGAGUUUGCUGCAUUUUUUACGGGGGCGAAUUUGGUGUUGGACUAUGUUCUAUCAAAUGCCGCCGUUGCUCGAAGCUUCACCGCCUACUUCGGCACCGCAAUCGGCAUCUCCACCACUAAAUGGAGGUUCACUGUCUCUAUUCUCCCUAAAGGCUUCAAUGAAAUCGACGUCAUUGCCGUCCUUGUCAUUCUUAUCAUCACUCUCAUCAUUUGUUAUAGUACCAGGGAGAGCUCAGUAGUAAACAUGCUCCUCACAGCAUUACAUUUGGUGUUCAUUGUAUUCAUAGUUGUGAUGGGAUUCACCAAAGGAGAUGUAAAGAAUUUUACGAUACCCGAAAACCCGAAAAACCCGGGUGGUUUCUUUCCAUACGGGUUAACUGGUGCUUUCAACGGGGCGGCUUUAGUUUACUUGAGUUACAUUGGUUACGAUGCCGUUUCGACGAUGGCUGAGGAGGUUCAUAACCCCGUUAGGGAUAUUCCCAUUGGAGUUUCAGGUUCCGUUAUUAUCGUCACUGUUCUCUACUGCUUGAUGUCUGUUUCCAUGACCAUGCUCCUUCCAUACGACGCCAUAAACUCCGAAGCAGCAUUUACAGGAGCAUUCAAGGGGGAAAAAGGGUUGGAAUGGGUAUCGAAAGUGAUUGGAAGUGGGGCCAGCUUCGGGAUAUUAACAUCGUUGAUGGUGUCGAUGUUGGGUCAAGCUCGUUACAUGUGUGUGAUCGGACGGUCAAACGUUGUUCCCUCUUGGUUUGCUAGGGUCCACCCUAAGACAUCUACACCCGUCAACGCUUCCGCUUUUCUCGGAAUUUUGACAGCAGGCAUUGCUUUGUUCACUGAUCUUGAGAUUCUUCUGAACCUAGUAUCAAUUGGCACACUCUUUGUGUUUUACAUGGUGGCGAAUGCGGUAGUUUAUCGACGUUAUGUAGCUAUAGGAACGACAAAUCCAUGGCCUACCCUGUCGUUCCUAUGCUCUUUCUCCGUCACCUGUAUAUUGUUCACACUAAUCUGGCAAUUUGUACCAUCUGGUACACUUCAAGACAUAAUGCUUGCCGUAUGUGCCAUCAUUGCCAUUGCUCUUUUGUUGUUAUUUCAGUGGCUCGUUCCUCAAGCACGAAAGCCUGAGUUUUGGGGAGUUCCUUUGAUGCCAUGGCUACCAUCAAUGUCUAUAUUCCUCAACAUUUUCUUGCUGGGAUCUCUCGAUGGACCGUCCUACAUUCGAUUUGUAUUUUUCUCUCUUCUUGCUGCUAUUGUAUAUGUAUUCUAUAGUGUCCACGCUAGCUACGACGCAGAAAAAAAUGGGUCUUUCAGCCCAAAGAACACGAUCAUGGUCCUAAAGCAUCAAGAACUAGCUGUGGUUUGAGAUUCUACCACAAGUAUAAUGAUUUAGUCCUAGCUAGUAAAAUAUAUAUGUUCCUUCUUGUAUCCAUUUCUUGUCAAUCCUACACAAUUGUCUUUAGACAUUGUUACAAGCUCACCAUCCUGUAUAAGUCUAAAAACAAACACUUGAUGGAAUUUUGCAAAGGAAGUGGAAUGUAAAGAUUGAUCUUGAUGAAAAUAGCACCUCUACGUCUAGAAUUAAUAAUA